AUGGCGGCCGCAAACACGUCAUACGAGCUUCCGCCGCUCCCUGAAUACACGCUCAAACCGCUACCGCCACUCUUCUCCUGGAUUUCCGACGAAGCACUGGCAGCCGCACUCCCUGUUGUCGCAUAUUGGGCCGUGUCCCUGAUAUACCACCUUAUUGAUGUCUACGACCUGUUCGCCAGAUACCGACUGCACACGCCCGCUGAAGUGCUCAAGCGCAAUCAUGUCACACGAUACGAAGUCUUCCGAGACGUCAUAAUACAACAAGUCAUUCAGACAAUCGCUGCACUGGCCUUGUCAUGGUGGGAUGAGGUGGCGCAAAUCGGAAAAGCUGACUACGACAUCGCCUGGUAUGCCCAAAAGCUGCGACUCGCUCAGCGGGCUGUUCCUGUGAUUCUGUCGGGUGUGGGCUUCAACUCGGCUGCAUUGGCAUCGAAGGUGGCAGCAUCGCAACCAGCUCUAGCAAGCAUCCUUCGGGGUGGCCCUUACGCAAGCGAGUCAAUUGCGCCGGCUUUCGCAUCUUGGGAAUUGGCCGUCGCGAGUGCUCUUUACUGGUAUGCCAUUCCGGCGCUGCAGUUCGCGGCUGGCAUCAUCAUCAUCGACUCGUGGGAGUACAUGCUUCACCGCGCAAUGCACAUGAACAAGUGGCUCUAUGUUACCUUUCACUCCCGCCACCACCGAUUGUACGUACCCUACGCCUACGGUGCUCUCUACAACCACCCCUUCGAGGGUUUCCUCCUUGACACGCUCGGCGCCGGUCUUGCCUACCUCAUCACUGGUAUGACUGUCCGACAAUCCUGGUUCUUCUUUUCGGGAUCGACCAUCAAAACCGUACUGGACCACAGCGGCUAUGCAUUCCCAUAUGACCCGCUCCACUGGAUCUUCCCGAAUAAUGCCGCCUAUCACGAUAUCCACCACCAAAGUUGGGGAAUCAAAACCAACUUUUCGCAACCCUUCUUCACCCACUGGGACAGGAUCGGCGGUACCAUGUACAAGGGCGAUGUCAAGGAGAAGUACGAGCGCGCGCGUCGCACUGCCGAACAGAAGGUUGCUCAAGAGGAGGAGAACAAACUGAAAGCAUCGCCGGCAGGACCUGGGCCGGCAGUAACGUCUGCGCUUGAGACAGACGAGAACGCGCGACCGCAACAAAUCUCUGCACCGCGCAGUACGCGACGGAAAGCAUCUAGCAUUUCGCAGUCACCUGCCGACAACUUCAAGGGCCUGCGAAAUAAGGUCAACGAGAGUCUGCAUGGGAAGAGAGCGAAUGUUUUGGGCGUCGAAAGCUCGCACUAA